CCAGCCCGAGUGGAUCUCACUACUUCGUCAAGAUGAGCAAGACCCCCCAGACCCGCGAACAGCGCUCUGAGCUGGAGAAAGCCAUGGAUAUCAUCAUUGAUGUCUUCCAUCAGUACUCAAGGCGGGAGGGGAACAGAGACACCCUGACCAAGAAGGAGCUGAAGCUCCUGAUUGAGCAGCAGCUUGUGAACUACCUGAAGCUCGUGAAAGACAAGGCCACCAUUGACGAAAUCAUGAAGGACCUUGAUAUCAACAAGGAUGCACAGAUCAGCUUCUCCGAGGUGAUGUUGCUGAUCAUCCGUGUGACCAUUGCUGCCCAUGAACACCUCCACGACAUCGAGGACCAGCAGCAGCAGCAGCAACAACAACAGCAGCAGCUCAAACACCAACACCACCACUGAGGUGGGCUGCGGUCCCCGGCCAAAAGCACCCAUGCAGUGCUUGCAGCCCCUGGCUUUUUCCCCUCCAUCCCUCUCUGCCCACCUCCCUCUUUUUCUUCCUUCAAGUUUGAUGGUUUUGCUGCCAAAUAAAGAUUUGCCCUGAGGCUGUCAAAGCUC